AAAGUCAGUCAGUGUCAAAAUGUCGUCGUGGGUUGUCUCCACCACCGAACUGUGCGACUGUGGCGCCAAAGGUGCCAAAACCCCAUCCGCAUCCGCAUCCUCGCGGCGGCACACGCGUCUGAUCCUGCUGGUGUGGCACAACCUGGCCGAGAAGUGCCACAAGUUCGGUAGUUUUCUGCGCCGCGAAACGAAUAAGCCGCUGCCCAAAGAAAUGAGGCGAUCGUUACGUCUUAACAAAUCGGCACGCAGGAAAGGCUAUCGGAGUUGCGAGAGCGAGGCAGAAAAACGGCUGAUGAAAGAGCGUCUGAACGAGCCCGGCAACAUAUACAUUCGCAUGGGACCUGCCUACGACUAUAGGCCAUCGAAUUUCUGACCGAUCGGCCAAAUUACAUAAGGAUAUAGUUCUUCGAAUUUCGUAGCUCUGUUAACUUCUUACUCAGCUCAAGAUGUAAUGUUACUGUUAAGUGCCCGCUGUAAACUGUUAUUAAAAGUUGCAUUUUUACCGUA